AUGGAACCUCCAUGGGUGGAAGUAUAUUGGCUGGCAGAGAAAAUGCAGUCAAGAGAAGCGACAAACACAAUGUGGGAAAAAAGAUGGAAGAGCAACGAUCUUCUUUGGGACAUGCCCCAGGGGAGUCCAUACGUAACACAAUACUUUCAAGAUAUGGUUCAAGGAACUGUAAAAGGAAAACGUGUCUUGGUUCCUUGGUGCGGUGCAACAGUUGAUAUGUUUUGGUUUUAUAAGCAAAAAGUAGCAGUUGUUGGAGUUGAAUUUUCCGAAGCAGCUUGUAAUUAUUUUUUCCAACGUUUAUCUUUGGAUUACACAGUUGACACAAAAGAUGGCUAUACGAUUUACACACACAACGAAAUGCUCAAAAUUUAUCAGUGUGACUUCUUUUACACAGAUGUUGAUAUGCUUGGAGGACUUUUCGAUUAUUGUGUGGAUAUUGGUGGUUUGGUAUCAACAGCUGCUGAGGAGCGUCAACGUUAUGUUGCACAAGUGACAAAGUUAUUGGUGCCGCAAGGGCGAGUAUUGUUGGAAUGUUUUGAAUAUGAUAUGUCUCUCCGCAAGCAACCACCAUAUAGCAUUCCAACUGAAACUUUAAAACAAUACUUAAGUGAUGUAUAUGAAAUCAAGGAGCUUAGAAGAAACACAGAAGAUGAAUUGCCACAAAAUUGUAUAGCCCAUGUUGGAUACAAUACUGUCCAUGUUGUAUAUCAACUUAUCAGAAAAUCUGUGUGCAAAUCAAAGAAUGCAAAAUAAUAUUUUCGUGAGUCGUGAUGGUGGAAUGUGGAAUAAAACUAUAUGUACCUUAUUCACAACAUUUAGAACAAGUUUGAUCACAUUAAAAAAGGAUUAAAAUUUUUGUCUUUGUAAAACUGAGAAAGAAUAUAUUAAUGCUAAAUAUUUUAUAAUAAAAAAAGGUUGCUGUUUCUAUAUUAACAAUACCUGUAUUAUGUCUGUUUGUCGAACAAAAUUAGGUCGUGCUAACCGCGAACGAAUUCUUGAAGUUGCAAAUAACAAAUAUGAUAUAUUCUUAUAAAAAUGCUGUGAUUGCUCGUGCAUAAUAAACAAAAAGCUUUGAUUUCGAUAAACAACCCACGACCCUAACCAAGCUGACGAAGGAAGAUGAAACGAUCAGAGCUAGGGUUACAACACAGCCCUUUUGGAUGUUGUAGUGCUUAGGUUUUCAGAUGUCUUUUGUCGACUUUUUGUCUUUAAAAAGCUACCAAUUUUUGUAUAAUUUAUUUUUUAUAUGUUUUUGCAUAUUUAGAUAUGUAUAUCAUUACGUUGUCUAGCCAUGUAUAAGUAUUAAGAUUUUUCAUCCUCACUUAGAGACAGUAUUUAUGCUAUUCAGUUAAGAUUUUUUAUUUACCUUAGUGUUUUCUAUCCUAGCCAACAUUAUUAUUGUUUCUCUUUGUGUUAUCCUUAGCAAUCCUUAGCAAUGCAACUUAUGUUCUGGCUAGCUAAGCUGUGGUACCUCCAGCUAAGAAGUGAAUAACUCAGUCGUUUGUAGCCAAACACAGUUGGUUUUGCUUCUUAUGUCAAAUGCAGUUUGGUAGCUACGACAAUAAAUUUUUGUAGCGUAACAAAUCUUGUUUUUUUUGGAAAAAGACAUACUGCUGUAACACGGAUUUGUUACAUGGCUUCCCUGUACAUAGUGUUUGACCUGGCACCCUCAUAAAUACUGUGAAGUUAUUAGUCAAAUUAUUCAAAGGCUGACUGUUCUUGCCAUGACUGCGUAACAACAGAUUGUACAACCUGUGUUUUUUUUCGGCUGCGAGAAAGUUACUUAUUGAAAAAAACAUUACAUCCGAACAGUUGUACCGCUACGAAAGCUCCACUGGAUUUGCGGUAUGCUGUAUACUUGUACUGAGGGGCUUAACCAGAAUGUGCGGCACAGCUGAACUGCAGUUAAUCGUUCCACAUGCAAGCGUUCAACGUCGAAAGAACUUAUCGCUGUAAGCGCUCCACUAGAUUUGUGACACAUCGUACAACUGUAUUAAAUCACUUCUCUUGGAUGUACGGUAUGUUUUACCAGAACUCAAGCGAUCAAUCUGGUUUUACCAGAACUUAAUUGCUUCAUGGAUAACAUCCUGUUGUCGCCCACUUUAAAACCGGUGCAUUUCACUGAUUUUAUAAUUUUAAUACAGUUCCAAUGUUCAAAGGUAUCCUUUGGGCAAACAUCUUAGUUUGACUUGCGAGGGCACUGUACUUUGUAAGGGUAAAUACUUUAGAAAACAAGAAAGAAAAAUUUCGCUAAAAAAAUUGUAGAAUGGCGUGAUUUGCCAUUGUCCACUAUGCAAAUGUAUUCGUUAACGUACACUGAUAACAGCUAAUUAACAGAGCUUAAAACUCCGCAUGUCGUCAGUUAGUAUGUCGUCAGUUAGUAUGUCGUCAGUUAUUAUGUCGUCAGUUAGUAUGUCGCCUGUUAGUAUAUCGUCAGUUAGAAUGUCGUCACUUAGUAUGUCGUCAGUUGUAUGUCAGACAAAGUAUUACAAGAAUUGUAAGUAAACUGACCUUCUUGUUUUAGAUGCUUUUUGUCAGGUUUAAGGUUAUAUACUCUAAAAACAAUUAGUUCAGGGAAAAAAAUAGGGAUUUAAAAUAUAAGUUGCUGAGUUUACAACUGGCGAAAAUAAAAACACUGGAAAAUCUCUCAGUGAGAACAUCAUGUCUGACUGUUUGAUAUUGGGUUGAUGUGACCUUUUAGGCCGACAUUGUAUAAUGUAUACUCCUAGAUUUUAUAUAAACUAAGUUUUUGUGUUUUUUAAUUCUCUCCCAUUUUUUAACCAGCAGGCAAUUUUUUGAGAUAAUAUUUUGCUAACCUCGCUAGCCGGCUCAAUUAUUUCCAUAAAAAAAUUAUCACUGAAAAUAUCGUUUAGUUUUUGCACACUGACUAUUUAUGGCGUGUGACAAGGCGUAAGGCAUUCCACUACCCGGCUUGGCUAGGGUUAAUACGAUGCAGAAAGAAAGUUUUCUCGCAAUUUUUAAAGCCGUUACCUAUAUUUUUAAUCCACUUAGGCAAAGAAACAAUAAAAAAGAUCCUUCAUUACAAUUUUGAUGACGUCAGCAAUAUUAAAAAAAACAUUAAAAAAAUUACUUGUAGCCUGUAUUGUAUAGAACCUGAAAUGCUAAUCAAAGGAAUUUA